AGAGAUGCCUUUGGUCUGAGGCUGUGCUGGUGAUGCCCUCCUUCCCUCUGGGUCAGGAUGGAGAAGGAUCCCACCACUCACAGGAAGCAUCGGCCUGGGCCUGGAGCCCUGCCCUCGGGAAUAACCCCUGUGUACCUCAAGAUGGCCAGUGAAGGGGUGGGGCUCCAGAGGAGCAGGAGUGUGGGCGGCUUGCACCAGAAGGGGGAUCCACCAGUCUGCGUCAGGAAGCUGCAGCGCAAGGAGCUAGACUCUGAGGACCAAGGUAAAGACCCAAGAAGUGACACGGAUGAUGGCACCUGUCGGGCGAGCCUAGAGGACGACAGGAAGAAAAGGAGCCAGGAUGAGGCAGAAAAAGUGGACCUCAAGUGUGCAAAAGUGGACCCAGAGAAGAGUGACUCAGAGGCCAGUGCCACCGGGGAACAGGACGAUGCCUGCAAAGGAAGAUGUAUCUCGGCGGCUGAGGAGCAGCAUUCAGAGUCCACGAAAUUGGAUCACCUUCUAGAAAAGCAGAAACCAUCUGUGUUUGUGGAGAUCGACCUGGGAAACCAUACUGAGGAGGAGGGAAUCACCUGUGCCAUGAAAGAAGAGAAGAGGCUCCCCAACACAGGAGACCUGUCUGAAGAUGAGAUAAGGACCAGCUGGGUAUGCUGCAUCCCGUACCACACAAAGAAGAAGGCAAAGGAAAGCACCAGUGCUUUGGAGAAGGAGCCCCAGUGACUCAGACCCCAAGGACCCCGUCAUCUUUGGGCCUGAUCUUUCCCGCCAGGUCACUAACACAAGCUUGACCUUAAUAGAACCAUCAGUCGUCUCAGGACAAGACCCCUCUGACUCAGCCGCUAGCAGAGCUCUCUGGGGUCUAAGGGAAGACAGCCUAGGCCUGGAAUGGCUCCGUGUUCCCCCCCCCCCCAUGGGCAGGGCCAGAGUGACAGCAGCCAACGGAUACCCAAGGCAAGGGACCCUCUUCCAAUCCAAGGCCAAUCACAGCCCUAGGAACCAACCAACUCUUCAGGACCAACAGGCACUCCCGCUUCCUGGCUAUCACAGAGCUUAAAAGCCAGCUAAUUGUUCACUAAAGGAAACAACACAAUAUG